AUGUUCCUUCGAAAAGCAAAGAAUUAGUCAUUCAAUUUAUGCAAUAUUGCAUUAAAAUGUGAAGACAAUAACAAAUAAAGAUAAUUGUGGAUUCUAUAAAUUGGAUUGAUGUUGGAGAAAGGUGGCAAAUACGUUAAAUAGAUAGUUCAAUUAACUAGAGAAAUUCCCCUAAUUAAGGCAGAUGAUAUUCUACCUUAUUUGACUUAGAAUAUUAAAUUAGACGAUUUCAUAGAUGAAAUCUGUGAAACUUUGGAGGAAUAUCAUGAUUAGAUUGAAAAACAGCAAAAUGAGCUUGAAGGCUACAUCAAAUCAAAUGAAAAUUUAAAAAAACUAUUGCUGCAAACUAGUAAUAGGUACAUUUUUGUAUCCUAGAAAACUAAAUGCAAAAAUUGCUUUAGAAAACUGUUCCAAGAGGAUUAUAUUGCUUCUGAGUGUUCACAUGGUUUUCAUAGGGAAUGCAUUCUUCAAUAUGUUAAAAGUAAUCCAACUGUAUUGGAUGAGAAGACCUAUCUAAGUAUGCUCUAUUUAGAAAAUAGUUAAAUGAUAUUGAAAAACUGUAAAUACAAACAAACUAAAGUAAGUCUGAUGAAUCGAUUUUUGGAUUUUCACUGCUUCGAAUUAAAUUACUUAAAAUAAUUAAAGAAAUGCUAGGAAUGA